AAGAAAAAAUUAUCUUUGGCUUUAUACUUUAUCUACUUUGUUUAUAAAAUAAUAAAAGUCAAGCUAAAGAACCUUUACCUUCACUAGUUUACUGAUUUGAUGAAUAUAUAAUUAAUUAAUUAACUACCAUAACGCUUUAUCCAUCUAACCAAAAGCAAAAGAUUUCAUAGGAUGCUUGAAAUUUGCGUUGAUUCUAUAACAUCUGCAAUUGCUGCUGCAGAGGGUGGUGCUUCUCGUAUAGAACUUUGUUCGGCCUUAAGUGAAGGAGGGCUUACACCAACUGUGGGAACGUUGAAAGCGUUAAAAUCUGUACCAAUUAACAUUCCAAUAUUUUGCAUGCUUCGUCCAAGGAGAGGAAAUGAUUUUAUGUACACCAAUGCAGAAAUGGAUGCUCUCCUAUAUGAUAUGGCAUUGUUUAAGUCACACGGAUGUGAUGGGUUUGUCUUUGGAGCACUAGAUAAAAACAGAGACGUAUGCGAGUGGCAGUGUAGGCAGGUUGUACAAAUGGCUGGAAAUCUACCGGUCACCUUCCAUAGGGCAUUCGAUUUGACGGCUCCUUGUAAGAUGCAUGAAACCGUUGAUCAAAUAAAGUCAUUGGGUUUUGCAAGAAUACUAACAAGUGGGUUUAAGCAUUCUUGUUUACAGGGAAUCUACAAUAUUCGUGAACUCUGUAAUCAACACAAAGAUAUUAUCAUAAUGCCUGGAGCUGGAAUUUCCGCAUCAAAUUUGGAAGAGAUUCUGCGUGAAACGAAAUGUAAUGAAUUCCAUGCUUCUGCAAGGAAGAAAGUUGAUCAACCUAUUUGUACUACUGCAAAUAUUUCUAUGGGUGGUGGUGAAGCAGACUUAGAACCAAUGUUUAUCACAGAUGAAUGUUUGGUGAGAGAAUUGAUUGCUAUAGCAGAGCGCAAUAAAACAGUUUCUAAUAAAUAAUUAUAAAUGCA